AUGAGCUUCUACCGUACCGCCGAGGACAUCAGCCUCAAGGACGACCACAUCCUGGUCGCCAGGGUCGCCAACGAAGAUGGAGAGAUGGUGGAAUCCGAAUUCGACCUUAACUCGUGCAUCGGAAACGACGAGGGUCGCUUCCUGUGGGGCGGCAACGACUUCGCUGGCAGCGCCGAAGACAUCAGCUUCGCCAUCGAGGGCGCGGACAAUGUUCCCGUUCUGAGAGCCAGGCUCUCCAACUCCGAGGGCGAGCAGUUUGACGCUGAUGUCAACUUGGCCGAGCACAUCACCAACAACAACGGUACCCUGGAGUACCAGGAGGAGUCCCUGUUGUAA